AUGGAAUUAAGAAUCUUAUUUUUUGUUUGUUCCAAAUGCACACCACAUAAGAAUGUGUAUGCCGUACGAUAAGCUAUAUUAUAUAGAGUUCAUUUUUUAAACAAAAACGACUCGUUCAUAUCGAAAAUAUUGCAAUAUAUGAUCGUAACAAUAUAAAUAUCGAGAAUAUUCUUGAUUGACAGGAAUAGUUACAAUUUCUUAUAUCAUGCUAUAUCAUAUUUAUAGUCAUUUUUUCCUCAAUAUAGGUACACUAGCGGAUUUUCUUGGCAAAGGCUGUAAAUUAAGAAAAGAUAUAGAUUUGAGAGUAAAAAUUAAAUUAUUAAAUUAUAUUUGAUAUUUACUGGAGGAUGAGGAUCACCACCAAGCAUUUUUUCACGUACAGCCCAUCUUACAGUCAUAUGUUUUGCUUCUCCAGGAAAUGCUAUCUGCUUCCAUUCUUCCUGAUACUUUUGAUAAAGAGCAACAGGAUCGCAUCUCUUAUUUGUUGUACUUUUUUGAACUUCUGGAUGUAAUCGCCACGGUCGAAUAACUAUAUGAAAAUUAUUAACAUACUUUUUAUUGAAGAUAACAUUUUUAUUCUUAGCUUUAAGAUUUAAUAUCUUACAUGAUUUAUGUGUGGAACAGCUAGAACUUUUAGUACGUGGAAGACUUUGCGAUCGAACAGUAGUAGAUUGAUCAGAUAAUAUACUUUUUGAUCUUGAUUUACGAUUAUUUUCUAAAAUAUUUGGGGCACUAAUUGGUCUAUUGUUAUCUGAUAAUAUUGGCUUUGAAUGUAACGGUUGUUCUUGAGAAAUUGUAUUAUAUUUAUUAAUAUCAUAGUUUGCAUUAUAAACAUUCCGCAUAGAAUAAGAAUUGACAAAAGAUUGAUUAUCAUUUUUGGAUCGUUGGACAGUUGAACGAGAUGUAGAAUCUAUAAAAUUAUGAUCUUUUUUAUUUAAACAUGAGUCCUCAAUAAGAUUUACUUUUUUACAUUUGUUUUUUACCAGAUUUGAUGGUUCUCUCACUGGCACAUCAAAUUCUUCUUUUAUAUAUCUAUGAUGUAGAUUUUCUUUAUCUUUUGGAAUACAUUUGAUUUCUACUUUUACUAGAGAUUCAUUGUCAAAAUUCGAAGAAUUGUUAGUUUGUUCACUUAAUUCUUUAAUAUGUUCACUGAGAAUUUCAUGAAACAUUUGCUGCUGUUUUCUCAUUAUUUUCUUUCUGAUUUCUUCCUUAUGUUGUUGUCUUUCAUGUUCUUUUAUCUUCUUAUAUAUCUUCAAAUCUUUCAACAAUAAUGAAUAACAAUUAAAAACAGAUAUACUCGAGACAUUACGUUUUAUAAAGAAUGAUUUAAAAAUAAAAUUCACUUUUAGUGAAAACAAUUGCUAACAAUUAUAAAAGUUGAGAAUAUAAAGUCAUAGAAAUUCAUAAGUAAAAACAAUAAUAUUUUAAAAGACAUAUAAAACGUAUUACCUUUCAUAAAAGCUUUAAGUUGAGGUGCAGUAAUACCAAUAAAUCCCAAAGAAUUAAGAGUAGCAAGAACUUCUCGUGGAUCAUCUUUUAUAUUAGACAUAUUAUUAACUUAUUAAAAUAGAGAAAUUAAACUUCGUUUACUCGAUUUCAAAAGGUAAAAUCUAUGACGGUUAAUAAUAGUCAUUGAAUCAUAUAUAAUGUAGAUUAAAAACUACAUAGUUAAAAGUUGAUCGACACUUAUGGUAUAUAGAUUUCUACUUAUUUUUCAUCACGUUUGUAUUGUAAUUAUGUAUAUAUAUAUAUAUAAGCGAUGUGUUUUUAUAAAUAAUUACAUUAAAGAAAUUAUUAUUUAUAAAGUAAAAAAAACCGACACUAUAAAUGUAAAAAAAUUAAAAGUUGAUUUUUAAACUGCAAAAUAGUGCCAUCUAGCGAUGACAGCAUGUACGAUAAAGACCGUUCGAAACGAGUUUAAAUAGAAAUGACAUACGUGUAUUAGGAAAAAGAAAAUAAUGAAUGAAUAGAUUAUUUAUGUUUAAAAAUUAUUAUUAAUAUUAUGCAUAAUACCUAUUAUACAAAUAUUGGAUUCAAUUAUAAAAUGAAAAAAAAAAAAAAACAAAAAAAAAGAAAAUAAAUAAAAAUGCCACAUAUCGAUGUGAUUACACAUCAUAUAUAACAUCGAAUAUCCAUAAAGGUUGCGCAGAAUCUUGUUUCAGGAGUGUUUAAAGUUAGACGAAGCGUAUUUAAUUGUGCAUCAGUCUGAAAAGAGACCUUGAAAGGUAAUGUCGUCAACAACGCUUUCAGUUUUUUUCUUUCUGACGAGAGUGAUCAUACUAAAGUACUUUUCCGCGAUCGAUGCGUCUAUUAUCGAAAGCAUAAAUGUGCCAUCAGUUGUACACAAUGGUACUGGACCAAUUGAGCUUUCUUGUAUUUACAAAAUCGAUGAGAAUGAGAAUGGUCUUGUUAUUAAAUGGUAUCACGAGUUGGAUCAGAUCUAUCAAUGGAUACCUCCAUUACCACCACAAGAUACGGGAAUAAUUGCAAACUACUCGAAAUAUCCAAUGGAGAAUUUGAGAGAACCAGAGAGACGAUCGAUAAUCUAUUUAAAAAUGAUUACUCUUGACAUGAGCGGAGAAUACAUGUGCGUCGUCAAAACAUUUCAUAGCGAGCACACCAAAGCAGCCAGAAUGAUUGUAUACGUCCCGGAAAGCAGCGCAAAAAUUUAUGUCUCUCGUUUUAAUGAUAGUCAUAUUAAUGUUAAAUGUACAGUAUUAGGAGCACGACCUAAGCCGACUUUGAUACUUUAUAUCGAAGGGAUUAAAAUCGAUAAUAAAUUCGACGAGUCAUUGAAAAUUAUUAACGAGUAUAGAGAUAAUUUUUCCGUGACACGAAAUAUUAUCUUAAAGAAUAUAAUAAAUCCUGUAUUAAUAGAAUGCGAGAUUUCUAUUUCUGAUACAAAUUACAAAAGAAGGGAAAAGAUGGUUUAUUAUCCUGAUUAUAUAAAAAAUUAAGAUAAUGAAUUAUAUUUUCAUUAUAUUAUAAUUGUAAUUUAGUAUGAUAAAAAAAAAAAAAGAAAAUA